UAGCUCCUAACUGCAUGCUAUGCAAUAUAAUGUAAUCAAUUCCUCUUAUAUAUUUUCUGUCUGGGACGCAAUGAAAAAACAAGACUUAGAAGUGUAAACUUAAAAGUUUGAAUUGAUGGUGCCAAAGUUUAGCUACUACUUACUUCUACCCCUGGGACAAUCACAUGGGUGGCCUUAGCAAUUCUAUUUGAUUGUCAAUCUCAAUAGAGAAAACUUGCCAAGCAUUUCCCGUUGGUGAUAGCAUUAUCAUAUCAUAUAUUCACCCUUAUCGAUUAGAGAUAAGAUCUAAACAAAUAAAAUAAACAAAAGUUUGAUUUUUAAAAAUAUAUUCAGUAAAAUGAAAGAAUUUGAAAGUGAAACAUUCAAUUCUGCUGGGAGCCUCAAAAUUCCUCCACCUUUGGAGCAUCAUUCGGAUCCAAUCCGGAAAUUGAUGGUCCACAAACGCCAGACUAAUGCAGCUGUUGGAGGUUUGAUGCCGCUUAUAUCGUACGGAUUGUAUUUUAUGUGGGGAAUAUACGCAUUAUUUAGUCCAAAUCGCUGGAACUCGACAAUUGAAAGAUAUCACCUAUGGCACGCAACAGUAGCUUUCUUCAUUGGCUCUAAAUUCGGAUUUUUCUUUGGCUACUACAUGGUUGGGAGGUUCCGGAAAAUAGUUAUUUAUGCCGCUGUGAAUACAUUAAUGAUAAUCAGUGGAGCUCUACUCAUCCCAAAUUGGACAUGCAUAGCAGCAGCAAUUGUUUCUCGAUACUUAGGAGGUAUUGGCCUUGGAAUCGCCUCGUUAACACUACUCGUCCAUCUGCCCGAAGUAGCAACUAAGGAUAUUCGUGGAGCGGUAGUGGCAACAAUUAGCGUCAUAAUAGCUGCAUCCUUACUCUCAGCAGGUUCCUUGCAUUCAGCAGAAAUGACCAAAGUAGACAGUAAUAUUGAUCAAAUAUUUGGCGGACUGAUAGUCCUGUAUGCUGCAAUGGGUCUGGUCUUUCUAAUGUGUUUCACGAUGGAGUCACCAGUGUUCCUGAUAAUGAACAAUCAGGAGCAGCUGGCAUUGAGUUCUAUGAUGCGCUUAAGGCUUGAAACUCACGAAACCUGGGAACUGCGCCGCGACUUCCACGAGCUGAAAGCUUAUAUUAAUGACGAGAAGUGCCUGGAGACUGUGAGACACAAUGACAAAGGGAUACUCUCUUUUUGCAAAAUUCUGUCCCUUCGACUUUUGUAUGUAUUAUCGACAAGUUUCUUUAUGACCGCCUACUUCUUCCAUUUCACGGAGUCAAUUUCAACUGAGUAUGGUCCUGCAUCUUUUUUGCUAAGUCGUUUGAUCGCUGAACUCCUGGCUCUCUAUUUAAUAGAGAGAUUUGGACGGAAAAAACUACUGAGUAUCUCUUGUACUGUUUGUGGAUUUAUCAUGAUUUCAGCGGGAUUUCUCACUCUGGAUGGUGAAAUGGAUCUCGUCAAAAACAUUUGUGCUGGCAUUCUGGCCAUCGUUUACCAGACAUUCAUUGGACUCGGUUUGAGCCCAGUUUCCACAGUUUAUGUAUCCGAAUGGUUUUCUGUUAAGAGGAAAAGGGUUUCAAUCAUGGUGAUCCUAAUCGCUGAAAAUAUUUUACAGUCAAUCCUUGUUUUCCCUGCUGGGUAUGCCAUAAAUUUAUCAAUGCUAUUCUUUUCAACUGCGUUAAUACAAAUUUCUUCUGGUUACAUAUUCAAUAUAAUUUUACCUGAAACAAAAGGUUUGUCUUUGCGGGAAUGUUUGCAUGCUUUGAAGUAGAGGAGAAUAUAUGCAAAUUUGUUGGAAAAUCGUGGAUUUGUUGAUGAUAUGUACAUAUGCAUAAUAAAUUUGUUUCAGUUGA